GUCGGGUCGGGUCGGGUCGUCGUGGUGCAGGUGCGUGGUCUCCGUUGUUUGUGGGAAGUGAGAAAUAAUGAUCUUUUGAAUACUGUGGCUCUGAAGUCUGUAAUUGGAUUAGAAACGGCCUGCGUGUCAAUCUCCGAAGUUUUAUGGCAGCAAAAAGUAUCAUCCAGUCUAAGCAGGCUGCAGAAGCCAUUGGUGGAAUCCUGACAGAGGUCGUAUGUACAAUAUUCAGUGAUCAUGUCUUUCUUUUGGUCACGCAGUAUGGCAAAAUGGGGACUUUGAUUUCUGUGACACCACAUAUUGUUGCAAAUGAGAUCGGCAAAUCCACUUUUAGUACAAAGAUCUUAAUGGGGAAAGAUGAGCCUUUGACCCAUGUGUAUGCAAAGCAUCUUGUAACAUUCGUGUGUGAAGAAUCUGGCAACAAACCAGUGCUACUUGCGCUGGCUCUGAAAGACCCAAACCUAGAGAGUAUUAAAUCCAUCAAACAGUUGAUUCAGAGUUGCCGACUUUGGUGAAAAUAUUUGCAAAAUGUCAUGGCUGAAACGGAUAAAAUAUUAGUAAAAGAACACUGACUUUAUUCCACCUUGGUAAGGACAUCAAAACAAAAUGUGUUUCACAAUUCAAAUAAGAUUUUUUUUAAAAGCAGAGGACAUAUGUUCCUAAUUGGAAAAGAGGAGCAGUCUUGAAUUCUUAUUUUUGAUAGUUUGGAGUUCAACAAUAGGUUAACAUUUGUUUUUCAUUGAGGAACACCACUUUUCAGAGGUAUCAACACUCUCCUGAAGUUAAUUAAAAAUAAUUAAUUCUUUGCUGUACCUGGGAGUGGAAGGUCCAAUGGAACUCUAAUAAUGGCCAGACCACUGGCUUUUCAUUCCACGCUCCGGUGUUCAAGAUGAAAAGAAGAGAAAUUGAUGAAAUGUAAAUCUCAAAUAUAUUGGAAUAAAAUGAUGGGUGUAAUGUCCACUGUCGGCUCAGUUACUGCCAGUUGUCUGGCAUUUCCAAUCUUUACUUUUAUCAGCUGAUGAACUAGGGCUUUCUGCUGCAUUUCAUUUCUUAUGUUCUGUAUUGACUUAGUAGAUGCCCAUCACAAGGCCGUGUUUGGGUGCUCCUGAUUUUAUAUUGUGAUUUAAGGAGAAGAUCAUAAGACCUAUUAACUCUUUUCGCCUUGCUCAGCUGUGGUGUUCUACGAUUUCAUGUGGUAUUGAUCCAGGCUCUUCAGCAGGAGUUGAAUGCACAGUCUAGGGCAGUGGUCCCCAACCAUCAGGCCGCGGACUGGUAACGGGCCGCAAAGAUGUGCUACCGGGCCACGAGGAAACAAUAUGAUUUGGUGAUAUAGAAUGAUAUGAGUCAGCUGCACCUUUCCUCAUUCCCUGUCAUGCACUGUUGAACUUGAAACCCCCCCCCCCCCAGUCAGCUGGUCCUCAAGAAUAUUGUCAAUAUUAAACCAAUCCGCGGUGCAAAGAAGGUUGGGGACCCCUGGUCUAGGGUCACACUGUGUUUUACUGAGGCAUUUUUUUUUAUCACUAUUACGUGUACUGACUUACAGUGAAAAGAUUGUCUUGCAUGCUCUUACAGAUCAAUUAACUUGAGGUACUACAAAGUAAAACAAUAAGAGAAUGCGUAAUGAAGUGUAAGAGGUACAGAGAAAGUGCAGUGCAGGUAGACAGUAAAGGUGCAAGGUAGAUUGUGAACUCAAGAGUGCAUCUAAUCAUAGAGAAUCAUUAAAUGGUAUGACAGUGGAAUUGAAGCUGUCCUUUAGCCUAGUGUUACCUGCUUUCAGAUCUUUGUUAUCUUCUGCCAGUGGGAGAGGGAAGAAGAGAGAAUGUUCAGGUUGGGCAUUGUCUGUGCUUAUGCUCGCUGCUUUACUGAGAUAGCAACAGGUUGAGACAGAGUAUAUGGAGAGGAGGCUUAUUUCCGUGAUCUACAGUUUCUUGCAGUCACAGGCAGAAUAGUUGCCAUACCAAGCCACGAUAAAUACAGAUAGGAUUUAUUUUACAGUACAUCAAUAAAAGUUGGUAAGGGACAAUGAGGACAUGCCAGAUUUCUUUAGCCUCCUGAGAAAGUAGAGAUAUUGAUGAGCUUUCUUGGUUGUGCAAUUGGACCAUGGCAGGCUCUUGAUGAUUUUCACUCCUGGGAAGUUGAAGGUCUCAACUCUCUUGACCUCAGUACCAUUGAUGCAGACAGAAGCAUAUGCAUCAUUUUAUGUAUCAGUUUGAUUGAAGGAAUGUGGUGCAUGCACAUGCGGGCAAUCAAUAGUGCAGUGAGCCUCCUAUGUGCAGGAGAUGCUCUCUUUUGGGCACAAGCUUUGAAGCACAAAUGUCUUUUCAUCUCAGGGUCAUGGGUCAUUGCUCUCAUAUUGUAAAUUGCCCACUGUGUACCAUUUCUAACAUAACUCAGUAAAAAUGUGUAACACUAUGUUGUAUUUCUUGAUCAGCCAAAUACAUAGUAUUUUAGCAACAGGUAUCAAAACAAGAAUGGCCACUCUACUCCAAGCACCAAAUCCAUUUUGGGCUGUAAAACCAAUUCCUGGCUGCACUGGAAGACAACCUUCCUGGACUACAUCAAACUCCCACCAAUUUUAACACCAGCAGCAAAGCUGGAGCAACCAGUGAAACUCAAGCUGAUCCACGCGGACUUGGGCAGAAUACUUCGAUGCUCUGCAGCUGCAGAAUGAAUCUGAGCUGAUGGAUGCAUUUGAGGCUUUGAACAACAUUUGGAGAAUGCAUGGCAAUGUCUUUAUGGCACACUUCAGGUUCUCACAGCUACGGCAGACUCCCGGUGAGAAUGUAGAUAAUUUCAUCACAAGACUGAUGUAAGUACAAAGAUACUCCUGAGCAAAUUUGAAGAAACGAUGAUUAUCCAAGUGUUGAUUGUUUGAGUCUAAGGUGGGAGAGCCUCCUGUCUGAAAAACACUAUUUGUCCUGGGAUUAAGACAGAAGAGGCCUUACACAGAUUCAGACCCCUCCCGAAAAUUUCAAUGUUUGCCAGCAGCUACUGACCCGCAGCCCACAAUUUACAUCACGUAAGCCUCCGCAGAGAUGCCACCACUGUGGGGAAAGUCAUGUCCAAUGGUUCAAUUGUAAGCUUCAGAAGACAGUCUACCAGUUCUGACAGGAGGUAGGCCACCUUGAAAAAGUGUACUUCAUUAAGCAAUGCACAAUGAGAAUAUGGCAGAAUUCAACCAUCAACUCCUUGCAAGGAGUCAGCCAGGGUAACGAAGUGGGUACUAUUUUCCAAACCCAUCACAGGGCCACCGAAACUAGCCUCUCUACUUGGUUACGUUCACACUGGACAACAAGCCCAAGAAAUUUGUGCUAGAUACAGGGUCAGUAAAUUAUCCUUAUGCCAGAUUCCAAAAUUACAACAGCUGAACUCGGUUUUCUGCAACUACACUGGAGAUAGAAUGACGGUACAUGGUGUCUUUACGGCAGAAGUGGUUCACCAGGGGACCGGUUUCAUUUACCUUCAUCAACCUUACUUGGGGGUUCCUGCAUUGAAUUCUCUAUUACAAAAGCACCAUUGGGUUUUCCAAGCUGAUGCUUCAGGUCAAUGCCAUGAUCUGGCAACCAAGUUCAAGUGUAAGGAGAACUGCCAGCUGACGUUUUACAAGGCCUACCCGGUGCCAUUGUGCAGAGGACCCAAGGGUAGAAGAACUUGACCAUCUACAGAGAGCAGAUCUACAGCCAGCUGAACAGGAGUGAAUUUGCGGCAAGCAAGAGACCAUGAAGCAAAAAUACGAUCUACACACCAGGCCGUGAAUGUUUGGUACAAGACACAAAGUUUACAUGCACUAUUCGCAGGAUGAAAUCUGGCUACCAGCUGUCGUCUGGGAUAGUCACAGACAAGCAGCAGAAUUUGAGCUGACAGAUGGACAAAUUGUUUGCAGUCUUUUGGAUCAUAUACAUCAGUGAACUGACAGGGACCCAGGGAAGCUACAGAGGUGGUACUCAGCUGUUGAAGCCAGCGUCCCAGCAGAUGAAUUAAUGUACGCUUCGCUGAGAGAAAAGGAGAUUCACAGUUCACUGCCCUUGAUAACAGAUAACCUGGAAGGCAGAGAAAAGGAGGCUGCCAACUGAGGUGGCCUAUAAGGGUGUGCCCUACAGUUGACUGCUACUAAAGCGGGGUAGUCAUUUCAUUUUUCUCAGUUUACCUCAUUUAUUCCCUUCCUCUGCAGUUCCCGUCUAUAGAGGGAAGAGGUGUGCCUAAUCAAAUCAAUUGUGAGAAUGCAGUGAGCGUGCGUGUAGCUGAACUGUCACAUGGUGAAUCAAUUGAGCCUCUGCACGGGAAGCACUCUCUUUUGGGUGUGGGCUUUUGAGUGAGUACGUCCUUUUGUUUUAGGGGCACAGUUCAUUGCUCCCAUACUAUAAGUUAUCCAGCAUGUACUAUUACUAACAUGACUCAAAAGAAUGUUUAAUUAUACUACUGCUGUAAUUCUUGCUCCAUGCAAUACAUAGCACACUGCCUUCCUGGUCAAUAACCAGCUGUUUUAUUUUGCUGGCAUUAAGGGAAGAUUGUUGUCGUGAAAACAUGUUACUAACCCUACUAUCUCCUUCCUGUACUGCGACUUAUCACUAUUUGAGAUACUUGUAAAUGGAGUUAGAGUGGAAUCUGGCCACGUACUCAAGUGUAUAGGAAGUAGAAUAGGGGGCUGGGGACACGGCCUUGUGGGGCACUAGUGUUGUGACAGAGGUGUUGAGAAUUCCAGUUGCAGAAAGAGAUGUUGACUCCCAGUAUUGGAGUUUGGUGAUGAGUUUGCUUGGAAUUAUAGUAUAUUUGGUCAAGAUGGCGUCACCGUAUGACCCUCCCUCGGUCGACAUCUUCCAGGUAGCUCACAAAAAUACCUUUUUUACCUCUUUUACAUCUGUUUUUCACCUCUGGGACUGUUAAAACCUGUAAUUUUACAGUUUGGAGAUCAUUCGCGUGUCCAGCACUUUGCUGUCUCCGAGAAGAUUCUGGGAAAGAAAUGCAUACUCAGACGGUCUCGAUGCAAAGAGGCUUUGAGAUGGGGUGCAAGCUGAUGUUUGACUCUAUUUCGCUGGUUAAAGCAUCAGUUAAUUGCUGAUUAAAGCAUCGAGGAAGAUUGAGACAUCAAGGUGAAUGCGGAAGGAGAGCAAAGAAUUCAGCGCUGACUGCCUUCCUUUUGAUCACUGCCAGAGAAGGAAUCUGUAAGCGGUUUAUCGCUGUGUGACUCUCUCUGGCAGGCGGGUAGGCAUUUCUGCCUAGUGGGGCGUUCCUCUCUUUCAAUCAAUGUCAAUGACAUCAGUGGAUGGUAUCGUGGUUCUGCAUUUAUGGAUUGGACUAUAGACUUUUCCAGAUUUAUGGGUUUUAUAUUCUGUCAUUUUUGUCACCUGGCCUUUUCCAUUUUGUGUGAGGGGAGGGUGUUUGUGGGUUGAUGUUCUGUUGUGUUCUGUUUCUUAGGCAGGUAGGUGUUUUUUGGAGGGGUCAGAGUUACUGUGCCUUUUUGUGUGGGAGGAGCUGGAUUGAUGAUUGGGAUGCCAUUUUUUGUGCAUGGAGGGUGGGUAUGAUGUCUCUCUCUGAAUGACUUUCAUGUUCUUUCAUUGUUUCGUGGCUAUUUGGCUGAACAUGGAUACAUGGUUUCAUAAUAAAUGCACCUUUAAACCUUCUUCGAACCUUUGAUCUCAUGGCUCCACCCUCAGUUCUUCACCUUUUACACAAUUGUCAGAAUGACAGGAUCGCAAAAUUUUGUGUUACCUUGUUAAUGCUGUUUGUUAGUCCCUCCAUAUUAGCUAAAAUGCACAUACAAUUUGCUGUGAUGUAAGCACACAGUUUGAUGCAGUUGUAUCUAUGGUUGCUGCUGAUAAUAAAACUGAUUUCAAGGAAGAUUCUUUUUCCAAAGGCAGAAGGAAAUGUUUCUUUAUAUUAAUUGUAAAC